UUUCUCUGCAUAAAAUACCCAUCCUCUGUUUUAAACCUUCCACGUCAAAAACCGGUCUAUUCUUGAAUUUGUUUGUAUCCUCUGAGAUUACAGAAUACAACAGCACAGCUUCUGUCACUGGAAAAUUUGACUCCGUUUCUUCAUUAGUUCUGUUCCUGACAGAGGUCUUGCUGUGAAGUUUUACGUUUCUUACUUGCUUUCUCUCUUCUUGUAUGGACGCUGUGGCUGAACAAUGCUUGUGGGUUUCUUUUAAUCUCUGAAAUGCAGGAUAUGAGGUGUAUAUACACAAUGUGUAUCUGCAUUGGGCGGUGAGCAUUGGUGUGGAAUGUGUGAAUAAGCGGUGUUGGUACAACUGGUUAUGGAUCAGUUCAUAGUGCAGUUUGAAGAAAGUACGAUCACAAAGCUCAUGGGUCAUACAUUUGCAUUUAACAGAGGCAGAUAUUGUAGUUCACGGGGUUCGAACGCUUUGUCACGGGCUCCCAUUCUGUAACGUGGGAAGACCCCAACGAGAUGUGCAGCAAAUCAUGUCGGUGACUCAGAAAUUCCCAUUUAUCAGUGCUUGCCUUGCUGGGUAUAUAGAUGGCCUCCAUGAAGCUGGGAUAAUUUGGGAGAAAUAAGUGCAGUAGCUGCAUGAGAACAGGGUAAAUGAGAUAACAAGGGAUGAUAUUCCUGUAUGUGUUGGGCUUGAUAUGCAUGGAAAUUACCAACCAGGACUUAUCUUCUAGAGGGGCUGUAUGAUUUUUCCUGGUUACAGUUGUCAGGUGGUGAUAUACUUGACUUCAAGAUGAAAGAAGAGUUUGUGAGCGACAUCAAGCCGAGAGCCACUUCCAAAUUGCCAGACCAAAGAAAUAGGAAUGGUAACACUGCUCUCAGGCCCAGAGACAAUGGAGUGCUAGUGUCUCAAACGACAAAUGCGGUUGGAAAAGAUAAAAAGAACAGAUUAAAGCCAAAUGAAGCUAAUAAGAAAGGAGAUCAUGCUUCAUUGGUGUUUGGGAAAGUAGAGACUGCAAUGGGUGUCCAGAAUGGUCCUUCAGUUCCCUAUCUGGAUAUUCCUGAGGACUUUGCGUUGAAUCACAAACCAUUGUUAGCCACCUCUCGGCAAAGCUCAAAGUUUUCAAGCAGUGAUAACUGUUCUCGUGUGAAGCGCUCUUUGAUGGGUGAUUUUCCCCGGGCUCCAAAAGCUUCUCAAGUGUAUCCACAUGAUUCUGAAUGCAGUUUGACAAAAGACACUAAUUCGACCGAGUUAGAUCAGCUGAGAGCAUUAGUACAAGAACUGCGGGAAAGUGAGGCAAAGCUUCAAAAUGAACUUCUUGAAUAUAAGGGGGUAAAUGAAGUAGUGAAUAAGAUUCCUGACCUGGAAAGAGAGUUAAACAUACAGAGGACUGAAGCUAAAAGCUUUGGUGAGAUAAUAGGUCAGUUGGAAGCAGAGAAAAUGAAAAUGUCUCAAGAGUUAGCCCAUUAUCCCAUUCUAAUGAAGGAGAUUGAGGAAGCAAGAACCAAGAUCAGAGAGCUUCAAAAUCAGCGUCUUACAGAGUCUAGGCAUGCAAAAGAAGAUAACCUGCAGCAAUAUAGGGAAAAUCAUUUGAAUCAAUUGGAAGUUGAAGUUGUCGAACUGCGCCGUGUAAACAUGGAAGUUCAGCACCAAAAAAGAGAACUUGCAAGUAAGCUUGCUGCAGCGGAAUUACAGAUCAUCUCUCUUGGAAACCUCACUGAGAGUGAUAUGGUUGCAAAGGUUGAAGCUGAGGCAUCUAAACUGAGGCACACAAAUGAAGAUCUAUGCAAGCAAGUUGAAGGCCUACAAAUGAGUCGAUUCAGUGAAGUUGAGGAACUUGUUUAUUUGCGGUGGGUCAAUUCAUGUUUACGUUAUGAGCUUCGCAAUUCAAGUAAAACCCCUGCAAAGAUAUCUGCAGUAGACUUGAAGGAUGAUUUGAGUCCAAAAUCUCAGGAUAUUGCUAAACAGCUUAUGAUGGAAUACGCAAUGCCUGAGCAAUCAGUAUCUCACAGAAAACACCAUACAGAUAAUGAUUCAGAAAGUUUAUCAUCUUACUCUUCUAAUACAUCGGAAGUUACAGAACUUGAUGAUGUGUCAAUGGAAGCCUUUCCAGGGCGUUUUACUACUUCAAAGAAACCUGGUCUGAUUCGAAAAUUAAAGAAUUGGGCUACAAGUAGUGAUGACAGCCAGCUGUUACAUGGUGAGUACCUUUCAGAAAAGAGUGGUGAGAAGGGUCACUCCAGUAGGACCAGUCCAAGGCGAAGACAUUCAAUCAGUGGACCGAAAGAGUCCAUUGAACAUUUGAUGCUGCAAAACAAGAGAGAAAGUGCUGACACAUGUAAACCUAAUGAAUCCAAAAACAGGGAAGGAACUAGAGUCUCUUCUUUUGAUUCUACAGAUUCCCAAUUGGUCAAGUUUGAUUCUUUGGAGGACAUGCACAAGUCUCUCUCCUCAAAGGCUAGAUUUUUUGAGCGACCAAAUGACAUAGCUGCUUCUUUCCAGAUUAUAUCAAAGACAGUAUCUGGAAACUUGGAGGACAAGUAUCCUGCGUUCAAGGAUAGACAUAAGUUGAUUGUUCAGAAAGUUGAACAGGCAGUUCCUCAGAAAGUUGAGAAUAUGAAGGUUGAAAAGUCUUCAUUAUCAUUACAGCAACCUGAAGUAAUUCAAAUGGCACCUGUAGAAACUGAAAAGAGAGCACUGAGAAUAGCUAAGCCCCCUCCCAAACCUUCAGAAACCACUACUGCAACUAGUGGACUUCAGAAGAGUUCCAUUAGUGUGACUCCACUGCCCCCUCCUCCUCCUCCUCCUCUUCCACCACCCUCUACAUGUAAAGGAAUCAAAGGUGCACCCCCGCCCCCACCACCACCUCCUCCCCCAAAAUUUUCAGCAGCUGGAGCAAAUACAAUGCAAAGAGCCCCACAAGUAGUUGAAUUUUAUCAAUCAUUGAUGAAAAGGGAUGUGAAGAAAGAUUCUUCUGGAAGUGGACUUGUUGAUGCUCCAAAUGUGGCAAAUGCUCGCAGUAGCAUGAUUGGAGAAAUUGAGAAUCGUUCGUCACAUUUACUAGCUAUAAAAGCGGAUGUGGAGACACAAGGUGAUUUUGUUCGGUCCCUGAUAAGAGAAGUGAGAGGAGCAGUGUACACUAACAUUGAAGAUGUUUUGGCUUUUGUUAAGUGGCUUGAUGACGAGCUAUCCUUCCUGGUUGAUGAGAGAGCUGUCUUAAAGCAUUUUGACUGGCCCGAGAGGAAAGCUGACGCUAUGCGAGAAGCUGCCUUUGGGUAUCAGGAUUUGAAAAAGUUGGAACUCGAAGUUUCAUCAUAUGAAGAUGAUAUUCGUCAGCCUUGCGCUGCUGCUUUGAAAAAGAUGCUAGCUUUAUUGGAAAAGUCUGAACGUAGUGUCUAUAACCUGUUGAGAAUGAGAGAUAUGGCAAUGGCUCGCUACAAAGAGUUUCAGAUUCCAACCGAUUGGAUGCUUGAUACUGGAAUUGUCAGUAAGAUAAAGUUUGCUUCAGUAAAGUUAGCAAAGAAAUACAUGAAAAGAGUAGCUGUAGAGCUUGAGUCAAAGGUGUGCUCAGAAAAAGAACCUGCACAGGAGUUCCUGCUUCUGCAGGGUGUGCGGUUUGCUUUUAGAGUUCAUCAGUUUGCAGGAGGAUUUGAUGCAGAAAGUAUGCGUGCGUUUGAAGAACUAAGAGAUCUUGCUCAUAUGAAUCAUAAGAAAUCACAAGAUCGACAGUAUGCAGUUUUACCAGCUACGUAAAAUUGCAACAUAUAUUUUGAGGGUCGCUUUGUCCUUAAUGUCAUGCGAUCAAAUUCUGCUAGAGAGAUUAUGACCUCUUUUGGAAGGCUGUACUCAUGUCAUGAUAGCUUGUGGAAAAGGUUUUUCAUAAUUAAGCUUUAGCUAGGUCAUAAUAUCUUGUCUCCAAAUUUGAUCUAAAUGACAGAAAUGGAAUAGAUGCAUCUUGUGUUUCUA